AUGGAUGUCAGCAUUGCCGUCUCUCUGAUACGAGGCCAGAUGGGCACCGUGGUGGAGCAGGCGGUGAACGGAGCCGUGGAGACAGUCUUGGCCGAGAUGCUGAAGGUAGUGGGAGUGAAAUUUGAGGAGCUGAAGGCACAGCUGGCACUCAUGAAGCGCGACGUGUUGACGCUGCAAAGAGAGAAGGCAGAGAAGGAGAAGGAGAAUGACAAUGUCCGAGCCAAGUUGCGCUACACAGAGUUGAAACUAAAGUAUUACAGGCAGGGCGUUGAGGAGGAGCUGCAACACCGAGCUUCCAGCACCUCGCUGGUACGAAGCUAUCAGCCCAAAUGCACUUCGGCACAGGCAGGUGGCUCCUCUGCAGGAGCUUCACCUUCGUGCUCCUCUCAGACAUCCACAGCUGAUGAUCUGCCAUCAAGCAACAGAGAAUCUCCACAGUGCAUGAAUCAGCGUUACAUCAGAUCAUGCAGUCAACCAGACGUGCAAGUGGUUAGUUCUGAACCGACCGACUGUGUGUUGGCGGUCUCGCUCCCCAUGAGCACAGAAUGCCUGGAGAGUUCCGCUCUGCUCUGUCACAUGGACCAAGAUGUUCCUCUGAGCACAGGCGGUGGAGGUCAGGAGGGCAGCUGGAAUGUCACCGUGCAUCCAAGCUUGGAUGCCACUGAUGCUGCAGUGACCCUGCCUCCUUUCACAACUUCUGACGCUGGCCAGCAUUCUGCCACCAGCCCUCCAUCCCCUCAUGGGCCACCACAAGUUGAGAGGUCAACCCUGGCCAUCUCCAAAACACAGGUGAAGGUGGAAGAGAAUCAGCAGGUGAUCUGUAUCAAGGAGGAGCCAGAAGAGGAGCAGGAAGUCAUGACGUGCUUACUGAUGGACACUCAAAUGAACCGAGGCCACCUGGUCCAGCCAGAGGUUCCGAUGUCUGGCACGCAUUGGUCAGGACUUCAGGCCGGCCAGAGAAAAUGUUCCUCGGGUUUCAGCUCAGCUGGACCAAGCUCUUCCUUUGCCAUGCCUCAGACAGCUUUUCCCGCCAAUGCCCCGCUGCCACCGGGUGCUCCACGGCAGAUGGUGCGGGACUUAAGUUUGUACGAAGAGUACAAACUGCGGCGCAACGAGCUACGGCGGCGAAGUCUCAAUCGACGGCGAGAGCUGGAAAAAACACUGCCUCAGCCUCUGCUGGCCGAUCUGGUACGGGAGCGGCGAGAAAAGACCAGACUGAGGGUGGCCAAAUGGAGGGCAAAGCGGAAACUGCAGGCUUGUCUCAACCAGGUUCAGGUGGGUGGUGAUUACACCCCCCCCAGUACAAGUGUGCAUCCUGCAUACUUGCCUCCUUCCCAUGAAGAAUGUGCUCAUUUCCAGACUCAAGGUGGCCCAGUGGCUCUUUCCCAGGAUGGUUUCCCUGUCAGUAGUCCUCAGCAACACAAAGUAUCUUGUGCACCCACUUCCAGUCCUCGCAAUAACGUAGUCACAAACUUCGCAGUCACAAAACUUCCCAUUCGUCGCCCCGUCGUCGUCCUCCCACCGUUGCCCGAGGGGCCCUAAUAUGGCCACGCAGGUCGAUCAGCACUAGUUGAUCCCGUCGAAGCAUUCAUUGGCCUCUUACCUGCAGGUUAACAUAUUGCAGCAGAGCACGUCUCUGACGGACGCUAACGUCAACACGUGAGAAUCAAGGCCGAGCUACCGUUGUUUGCUGAGCAAUGACACCGCUUCACUAUGUGUAGUUUAGACUCUGAAUGCCAUUUGUAUCCUGUUGCACUGAAUACAAAUCUUCAAAAAGAGAACUGGUCUCGGGAUGGGCGUUAGAGUUGAAUUUAAAACGUCAAUAAUUAAUGUUGUGUUUUUUGUUAAAACCGUUUUUUUUUUCAAUACUUUUCAAUUUAUUUAUUUGAGUUUGACACCUGUGCUUUAGCGAGCAUGUCGAACUUCAGUUAUCUGCUGCACACACUGACUGUAAAGUAGAUUAAACAAAAUGGAUUAAAUGUUCUGAAAACCAACCCUCCUGUGUAUAGGUUUAACAUAUUAGCUGUUUUGUGUAUGACGUGGACUUGUUCCGAUUAAAAUGUACUGUGUACAAGAAA